CUUAAAUUAGCGUUAGCGCACAAAGUUAAAAACUAAAAAGCAAAAUUGACAGGAGCAUCACAGAGAGUUCACCCAACCUUCCCUGAAAGAUGUUUCCCACCAGCACUCAAAGGAAACACUGGAUGUUCAGUGGAGAGGAUGACCUAAAGAAACUCAGAGAAAAAGCAAAUAAAAAAUAUGUGGAUGGCUUUGGAGAGCAUCUUAAUGAAGAAGAAAGGAGUGAAAAGUUCCUGUCACCAACGGAAGAAUAUGUGCUACUGAGAUUUUAUAUAAAUGCCCUAAGAGAGUUUUGUGUGCAGUUUCAGCCUCCUAUGCCCAAAUAUGUAAUUGGAACAUCAAUGAUGUACUUCAGGAGGUUUUACUUGAAUAAUUCUAUAAUGGAUUAUCAUCCAAAGGACAUCAUGUUGACUUGUGUAUAUUUGGGAUGUAAAGUUGAGGAAUUCAAUGUGUCAAUCAUGCAGUUUGUGAAGAAUCUCAAGUCAAAUAGGGAGAAAAUGACUGACAUGAUUCUCAGCUAUGAACUAUUAUUAAUGCAUGAAUUGACUUAUCACCUGACAGUACACAACCCAUACAGACCUCUGGAGGGAUUAGUCAUUGAUAUAAAGACUCGUUGCAAAUCUCUUAAACCUGAAGAAGUGGACAGAAGUCGCCAGGGUGCAGAUGAGUUCUUAGAUCGAGUGCUCCAGACAGACGCUGCCUUGUUGUAUGCACCUUCACAGAUUGCAUUAUCUGCAUUGCUCUCCAGUGCCUCUAAACUUGGAAUCAACUUAGAUAGUUAUGCUACAGAGUUUAUCCUGGGUUCAGGAACAAAGGAACAAGCAGCUAAAACCACAGAAAACAUAAAAUCUAUAAGAUACAUGGUUAAACACAUUCCCCCACUUGAUAAAAAGGAAGGCAAGAAAAUUGGUCAAAAAUUAGAGAAAUGCAGAAACCAGGAGAAUAAUCCAGAUAGUGAAGUAUUUAAAAGAAAGCAGCAAGAGAUGUUGGAUGAUGAGGAUGAGGUAUAUUCAAGGAAAAAACAAAAAAUAUCUCAGGAAGAAAAGGAUGCUGAGAAAGAACUUCUAGGACUCUGACACACUUAGGAACCAAAUUAAUAUGCCAUAAUAGAAUCGUCAUGAAAAGAAACAAGUAUUGCCAAUAUCCAAAAGGCAACCUUGCAGCUUUCAGUCAGCUUAAUGGUUGAGAUUAAUGAACUGGGAAAGUGAACUAUUAGAGUUGCAGUAAUUCCAUUUAGUGAUCUCUUGUAAUGGUGAAUGCACAUAUCCACGAAUUUCCAGCAUAGCAUCGUACUCAGCUCAUGGCAAUGAUCAGUGUCAUUCUUCAAUUUUUAUUUUAAGUUACAGAUUGCUUGACUUUAAACCUGAAUUAUGAGCAACACACAGCUAUAUCAUGUUUUGGUUUACUUUAUUGUUUGCAAAUGCCAAAAGAGAACAUUGUCCAUUGACAUUACAUCAUGGAGUUACAUGACAUGUAAUAAAUUGUAGACUGUAUAAGAAAUGAAGAAAAUAUAACAAAGUGAAUUUGUAUUUGACAAUUAUUAAAAUAAAUACUAGUAAUACAAACACCUGACCUUUUGUUGGUUAGAUACAUGUAUAUACUAAGUAUAUUAUAUAAACUGAAAUAUUCUCAGAAGGCUAUUUACAGAAUUUAUAACAAAUCAAAGAUUCUGAUUAAGACUGAUACAAAAAUGUGACCCUCACUGAUUUUGGAAUAAUUUAUCAAUUAUUUAAUAAAUAUAAAGGAAUCUGUUUUUGAUGUAGACAGAAUGCUAAAUAAAUGAAACUAGUCUAUUAUGUAAUUUAGAGAAAUAUACAAUAUUUUGGAUGGGUCUUGUUUCCUUGCCAUUAUUUAUGUCAUUUCUGGAUUGUUAUUACAUUAUCAAUUAUAGACCCGCUUUUUGGAUUAACUGUUACUGGUAAUGAGUCAGACCUUAUCUUUUAUUUGGAAAGUUCAAGACAAAAUGUUGGCAGGUAUUGCGAUGAUGAUGCUAAUAUCAAAUAUCUAUAAAUAAAAGUUCAGAGAGAUUCCAUCAAAAUUGAGAAUGUUAUUCCAAAAUGAGAGGGUUGUAUCUCUACACUCUAUAUUGAAUAAACUUUAGAGCAAUGUCAAUCAAGCCUUCUGUUUAAGACUUCCCUCUGGAGGAGAGCUACAUCUGCCCUCUCCAAUAAGACUAAUUAUUUUAUUCA